AUGCCUGAAAAUCCUGCUGCAGAUAAACAGCAGGUGCUGCAGAUCCUCGAUCGACUGCAAGCAAAACUGCGUGAGAAGAGAGAUUCCCAGCACAAUGAAAACCUGACUGUUUUGCGUAACACGCUCAGGAGCCCUCUGUUUAACCAGAUACUGACCCUCCAGCAAUCCAUCAAGCAGCUGAAGGAACAACUCAAUUACAUGCCUCCAGACCAUUCGGUGGAUUUUGAUUUUACUAAGAGAGGGCUACUAGUGUUUGCUGACAGAUCGGUUGCUGUGGGGAACGUGUAUACACCUUGCAGUUCACCUGAACCCAAAGCACCUACCUUCGUUCCAAACCUGGGAGUUAAUGAAUUUAACGCAAUCAUCCAACAGAUGGCAAAGGGGAGACAAAUAGAAUCAAUAAAGAUUGAAAAGCCUUCUGUUGGAGGUCUUGGAUUUAGUGUGGUUGCCCUUAAAAAUCACAGCCUGGGAGAAGUUGGUAUCUUUGUCAAGGAAGUCCAGCCAGGAAGCAUAGCUGACAGGGAUCAAAGACUCAAGGAAAAUGACCACAUACUGGCCAUUAAUUGCACCCCAUUGGAUCAGAACAUUUCCCAUCAGCACGCUAUUGCCCUCCUCCAGCAAUCCACAGGAUCUCUACAUCUGGUUGUUGCUAGGGAGCCAGCUCAAGGAAACAGCAGAACUUCGUCUGUCUUAUUAAGUGAUAUAAAUCCACCUGAGACUAUUCACUGGGGCCACGUUGAAGACGUUGAGCUGAUUAACGAUGGUUCAGGAUUAGGCUUUGGAAUCGUAGGAGGAAAGUCGAGUGGAGCAGUUGUAAGAACAAUUGUUCCUGGGGGAUUAGCAGAUCGGGAUGGGAGACUCCAGACAGGAGAUCACAUCUUACAGAUUGGAGGGACCAAUGUGCAAGGAAUGACCAGCGAACAAGUUGCCCAAGUGCUGAGAAACUGUGGGAAUUCUGUUAGGAUGAUUGUUGCAAGAGACCCAAAGUGUGAAAUUAUGGAGACUCCGCCAGCUCCUGUGGGCUGGCCAGUCGGUACAGCACCUUCCUUUCCCAAUGGCAGUGAUAAUACCAACCUUUUUGAGACCUAUGAUGUUGAACUUCUAAAAAAGAAUGGGCAAAGCCUGGGGAUAACAAUUGUUGGAUAUGCUGGCACGUGUGAUGUAGAACCUUCAGGGAUUUUUGUGAAAAAUAUAAUACCUGGUAGUGCUGCUGACCACAAUGGCCAAAUUCAUGUUCAUGACAAAAUUGUUGCUGUUGAUGGAGUUAAUAUACAGGAUUUUAGCAACCAAGAAGUGGUAGAGGCGUUGCGUAACACAGGACAGGCUGUACGCCUUACCUUACUUAGAAGGAAACCUUCUGCUGUUUCUUCAGAAAGACUUUCAGAUAGAGUGCAGCCAACUGUUCCAACCUUUGUGUUCCGAGGAGCUGUCGGGACUGAAACGGGUGUGGACACUAAGGAUGAGGAAAACCAAGAUCAGAAGGAUGAUCUUCCAAAUGAAAAGAAGCAGACUCUACGUAAAACAGGAAGAGGCUUGCUCCCUCCAGCACAUGAGCUGAAAUCCAAGUGGGAAAAACUGCUGGGACCUGAAUAUGAAGUUAUGGUUGUGAAUGUGGAUAUGUCCAUUACAGAUGAUUCAGAGCUGCAGAAGUACUCAAAGCUCUUGCCCAUCCACACUUUGAGAUUAGGAAUUGAGCUUGACACGUUUGAUGGGCAUCAUUAUAUAUCAUCCAUUGCUUCAGAUGGUCCAGCUGCAACACUUGGUCUUCUGCAACUGGAGGAUGAGCUCCUGGAGGUAAACGGAGUUCAGCUGUACGGAAAGUCACGCCGUGAGGCAAUCACUUUUCUGAAAGAAGUGCCAGCCCCAUUUACACUCGUUUGCUGUCGGCGACUUUUUGGUGACGGCAAUGAGUCUCUUGUGGAUGAACCCACCGUGGGAGUUUCCCCUCCAGAACAAAAGGUGAAACCUGUGGAAGACAUUAAUCCUGAGGAGGAAGAAGGGGAAUUAGCAUUGUGGUCUCCUGAUGUGAAGGUUAUUGAACUGGAGAAAGACAAAAACGGUUUAGGAUUCAGCAUUUUAGACUAUCAGCUCCCUCUGCUUGAAAACAGCAGUGUAAUUAUAACCCCUGUUUCGGAUUUGCCUGAUCAAGGGUCUUUAAUGUGGGCCCUUUUAUUAAGAUUGCUGCGUCUCUUCAUGAAGCAAUUCGACACGUGGCUUAUGCUCGUGACUGUCGAAAAGUACCAGUGCGCUUUGGGCGGGGGGGGAGUAGCCGAGCGUGGGGGCGAGCUUUUACCCGGUGACCGCUUGUUGUUUGUAAACGAGCAAUAUUUGGACAGCGCCACUUUAGCAGAGGCAGUGGAAGUGUUGAAAUCUGCGCCCCCGGGUAGAGUUUCUCUUGGAAUCUGCAAGCCUUUGGUGGGAGAAGGCAAAGAGGAGCAGAACAUGCACAGUGUGGAUUCCAGCAACGUUAAAACCAGCCCUGGGUCUCCAGAACCAAUAGAUAAUAAUUUCUCAAUAAUACUUGAAGCACCACAGGGUUUCAGAGAUGAAACACCUGUUAAAGAAGAACUUGUUGAUGAACCAAUUUUGGACUUGGGAAGGUCAUUUCAGCUGUCUCAAAAUGACAGUGAGGAUGAGAAGGAGUCCUGGGAGAUGCAUGAAUUUCUGAAACCCAGGACAGAAGAAAUGGAAGAAGAACGGGAAAUGUUGGUAGAUGAGGAGUAUGAAGAAGAUUCAGACUUCCUGAAAUAUAAUGAAUCAUGUGGACAGAAGGCGACUUCAGGGAGGAACCUCGAUACAGAGCAAUGGGCAAAGCAACUUGAGACUACUGAAAUAAGUCCGAAACAGUCCCUGGAAUAUCCAUUCAGUGCAGAUCAGAUGUGUGAAGAAAAUGCAGGUGUAAGUUCACUGUUCCCUGGAACCACAGCACACAGUGGCUACCAAAAAGACAUGCUUGAUACUGAAACUCCCCAGUCUGGAGCAAAAAUCAAGAUGGAUUUAGGUACAAAGCUUCGGAUUGACUCACAAGGACCUGGACUUGCUGUUGAUCUGAAAGUUGUUGAAAAGGAAAAACUACAAGGAGAAGAUGACGUUUUUUCCAAGAACACGGAAUCUGGGAGAGUUACCACCAUAGCUCAGUCUAGAGCAGCAUUGUGCAGUGAAUUGCCUGAGAGAGAAGAAGGCGAAGGAGAAGAAACUCCAAACUUCAGCCACUGGGGACCACCACGGACCGUUGAGAUCUUCAGAGACCCUCAUGUGUCUCUUGGAAUCAGUAUUGUUGGUGGACAAACUGUCAUAAAGCGCCUGAAGAAUGGAGAAGAACUUAAAGGGAUCUUCAUCAAACAAGUUUUGGAAGACAGCCCAGCAGGAAGAACAAGGGCUUUAAAAACUGGAGAUAAAAUACUUGAGGUUUCUGGGGUAGACCUACAAAACGCCACACACGAGGAAGCAGUAGAAGCUAUCAAGAAUGCGGGAAAUCCUGUUGUGUUCGUAGUUCAGGCUUUGUCUAACAUACCGAAAGUGGUUUCUGCUGUACAGCCUAAGGGAGUCAAAGUCAGCAAAGAUCAGGGUGCAGACAAAGAAAACACGAGUGAAAAGAGAAAAUAUGGGGCUCCGCCUCCAAUGAAACUGCCACCUCCUUAUAGAGCACUUGAAAGGCUGCAUGCAGAGGACGAUGACGUGGAAGAAGAGGAGGAUGAGGAUGCUUGUGCAGAGAAAAAAAUCAGGCAAAGAUAUGCAGACCUACCGGGAGAGUUGCACAUUAUUGAGCUUGAGAAGGACAAAAAUGGGCUUGGGCUGAGUCUUGCCGGCAACAAGGACCGCUCUCGUAUGAGCAUCUUUGUAGUUGGCAUCAAUCCAGAUGGACCGGCGGGGCGAGAUGGAAGGAUGCAUAUUGGCGAUGAACUUCUGGAGAUAAACAGUCAGAUACUGUAUGGAAGAAGUCAUCAGAAUGCCUCUGCAAUCAUUAAGACUGCCCCAUCGAAGGUCAAGCUCGUUUUCAUACGAAGUGAAGAUGCAGUCAAUCAGAUGGCCGUUACUCCGUUCCCAUUACCUUCUAGCUCCCACUCUUCUAUUGAGGAUCGUGGUGGCACUGAACCUGCAAGCAGUGAAGAAGACCCAAGUUUGGAAGUUGUCAUGAAAAGUUUGGCUGAUGAGGAAUCCAACAAAGCUGAUGUGAAAUGUAAAGCUGACAGGCCAGCGCUGGCGGAUCAGCGGGAGGUGGAGGAGCAGCUCCCGGAAAAUGUCCUCAACCAGAUCAAACAGUCCAAAACUUCAGCGAAAGUAGCAGUCAAGCUACAGGAGAUACCCCUGGUGCCAGCACCUACUUACCUUUCUCCAGAGGCAGAAGUCACCAGCCGUAGCAUCAUUCCACCUCCGUUGCCUGUGGAUCCAGCCACGUGUCCUAUAGUUCCGGGGCAGGAGAUGACUAUAGAGAUAUCUAAGGGUCGGUCAGGUCUGGGACUCAGCAUCGUCGGGGGGAAAGACACUCCGCUGGAGGCCAUAGUGAUCCAUGAAGUUUAUGAAGAAGGGGCAGCAGCCCGAGAUGGCAGGCUUUGGGCCGGCGAUCAAAUUCUGGAGGUGAACGGGAUCGAUCUGCGGAACGCCAGCCAUGAAGAAGCUAUCACUGCGCUGAGACAGACGCCCCAGAAGGUGCAGUUGGUUGUUUAUAGAGACGAAGCGCAUUACAAAGAUGAAGAAAACUUAGAGGUUUUCUACGUAGAUAUACAAAAGAAAACGGGCCGAGGCCUAGGGCUCAGCAUAGCUGGAAAACGAAAUGGAAGUGGAGUGUUUAUCUCUGACAUUGUUAAAGGAGGAGCUGCAGACCUAGAUGGAAGAUUAAUUCAAGGAGAUCAGAUUUUGUCUGUAAAUGGAGAGGAUAUGAGAAAUGCCUCACAAGAGACUGUUGCCACUAUACUUAAGUGUGCCCAAGGCCUAGUACAUCUUGAGCUUGGGAGAUUGCGAGCUGGAUCAUGGCUGUCAUCACGGAAAACAUCCCAAAACAGUCAGGCGAGCCAACAGAGCGUCCACAGCCACUUCCACCCCGCGCUUGCCCCCGUCCUCUCUACCUUACAGAACUUUGUCAGCACGAAAAGGUCCUCAGCAGAUGUGUCUCAGAGACACUCAGGAGCAGAUACGGGCCCAAGGACUGUGGAGAUAGCAAGGGGGCCAAAUGAUGCACUUGGUAUCAGCAUAGCAGGAGGGAAGGGAAGUCCGUUAGGAGAUAUUCCCAUCUUCAUUGCUAUGAUUCAAGCCAGUGGUGUGGCCGCACGUACCCAAAGACUCAGGGUUGGAGAUCGGAUUGUCAGUAUUAAUGGGCAACCUUUGGAUGGGCUGUCUCACGCAGAUGCGGUUAAUCUACUAAAGAAUGCUUAUGGGAGCAUUAUCCUGCAGGUUGUGGCUGAUACCAACAUCGGUGCCAUUGCUACCCAGCUGGAGAGCAUGUCUGCGGCGUGCAACCUUAACUCUUCUUCGGAGCAUCCGUCUGAAGAUCCCGAGUAA